AUGGCGUUAAAACUUAAGUACACUGACGAGCACGGCAUCCUACAUAUAGACAUGAGUCCCACACACAGCGUGACGGACAAACUGACCGAUCCUAAAUUCGACUCAAUAAACAAGCGAUUUGGACAAUACGACAUCUUCGGGGGCAAGUACGAUAGUGGGGAACCGUCUCUAUUCAGAAGCCGCUACAACAGUUUCGAAGAGGAACUUGCCAAUACGCCUUACGCCUUCACCGAACGAAGGACCAAUGAACCUAUAUUAGACAUAACUAUUGACGCUUUCGAAUCAAAAGAUCUAGAAGAUAAUCGAUUUUUCGAAAAAGAUGAAUUAUUCGGACCGAAAAUCGAUUUGAAAAAGGAUUCAUUCACUGUCACACAGUUAAUUCACGCGCAAGAUCGAUAUUACGAUCUGUCGAAGUCCAAAGGUGUUGUGAAAAGUAUAGCGAAUAGUUUCGAAGUGAAAAGUGCGCCAAGUUCGGCGAAAAGAGUGACCAAAAGUGAUGAUGCUUUUAAAGUGUUGUCGGCGAAUAGUGGGAAGAGUGUGAGAGCCGCGCUAAAGUCACCG